GGGGUCUCCGUCCGUGUCUUGUGCCUCUCUCUCCGGUGUUUACACUUCCGAGGUCUGAAAGCGUUUCCGUAGGAUUGAAUAGUCAAAUUAUCAAACAAGAACUCAAGUAUAUGUGAGAUGAACCCGUUCAUGAAGAUAAUGCAGCUGUUUGGCAUGAUGACAGUGACGGUGCUGGGCAUGCUGGUGCUGCUCCUGGUAACGCCAGACCUGGAGGACAGCUUGCUGCGCGUAGUGGGUCGCUACCGGCACCGGCAUGCGCUGUCGCACUCCGCCGUUGGGCAACCAGAUUUGUCGAGUCCAGAAGUCAGCAACCUCGAUCUAUUGGACACGAACAUAAGAGGGCCAGCGCUGGACCACGGCAGGCGCGCCUUCUCGCCGUGGCCGUUCUCGGCCGAGUGCGCGCGCUUCCAGGUGCACUUCGCGAGGCCGCGCUCGCUGCCCAUGACUGCGCUCGUCUCCUUUCCCGGCAGCGGCAACACCUGGCUCCGCUACCUCAUCGAGACCGCGUCCGGCGUCUUCACUGGCUCCGUCUACACUGACCGCCAGAUCAUUAGCAAAGGGUUUUACGGCGAGGCAGUGUCGCCGGACUGUGGCUGCACGGCCGUGCAGAAGACCCACGGCUUCUCGGUGGCGGGUGUGGUGCCUCUGGCGGCGGCGCAGCGCGCUGCAGAAGUGCGCGUCUUCCGCGGCCGCGGCAUCCUGCUGCUGCGCAACCCCUACGAGGCGCUCAUCUCCUACCGCAACUUCCUCUACGGCGGACACACCGGUUUCGCGCCGCGCACCCGCUUCCAGGGACCUGAGUGGGAGAGGUUCGCAUCGCAGCUGGCGCUGGUGUGGCGCGAGCUGGCGGCCACGUGGGCCAACUACACGCACGCCGACGAAGCGACGCUGCUGCACUUCGAGCGGCUGCGCCUGGAGCCGAGCAGCGAGCUGCGCAGGCUGCUGCGCUUCCUCCGGCUGGCCGUGGACGAGCGCCGCCUGGCGUGCGUGCUGCGGCACGCCGACGGGCCCUUCCGCCGACCGCCCGCUUCCUCUCAGCAGGCGCUGUUUUCUGCCAGGGAUCCCUUCUCUAAGAAGCUACACAAGAUUCUGGACCAGGUGAUCCACGAUCUUGACCGAACGAUCCAGAAGAGAGGUUGGGGUAGAAUACCAACACAUUUGUAUAAGUUUUACACUGGUAAUCUUCACCACAAUGUAUCAGACGUUCACUGAGCCACGCUAAAAGUAGUCUGGUCACGAUUUUGUAGGUUGUGACGUUGGACUGAAGAAGUGUUCAAGAGUUCGUGAUUACUAAAGCGCUCACUAACAAGGUGCUACGUUUUAUUCCAGAACGUUAUUUUUAAGAAAACACUCGAAUUAAAUUUGUAGAUAGAUGUACGUUGAUGCUCCAUGGUGCUACACCAAGUCUGAUACAGUAAAAUGAAACCCUGAGUAAAGGCUUAAAAACUUUCCUGUCUUUGGAAAUACAAUUUUUACGUUAUCCGCCAUUUACACUAUCCAGUGUGCUGCAGUUCCUCAAGUGGGUUAGAGGCAAAUAGUUCCUUCCUUAUUUUGCGCUACUAGUCGUAAGCUCUAGUCUUUCGGCAAAUUAAUGACUUCGACGAUCUUGCUAAGUUCUCUUUUCGAAUAUUACAGCCCUAGAAAUUAUAAGAAAGCUAUCACAAUCUACAUCUCGCAAUUCACACUUUAAUCAUUUCAUAGACACGUCGACCAUGUAGUAUGAAAUUAAUUUAUGGAGCCGGUAUUACCUUUAACUGCCUUACUGCACAGAUACGAAAUAUUCACAUGACAUGUAAAGUCUACCUGAAUGUUUGUACCGUAAUGACAUAUGGGAGAGUGAAAGUAUAAAUCUUUCCAAGCAGAAAAGUGUCAUGUCAAUAACAUUUCAUUCGAAAACACGGAUAUUUGUAUAAGAAAUGUUAGUAGCAUUUCAAUAUGUCAGACGAUGAAGCUUCAUUCAGUUUCAUUUCUGACAUGGAGUCAAUAAAUCAGAACGAACGGCACGAACAAUUAAAAGCUAAGAGAACCUGUCAGCGUGAUGUAUUGCCUCGUAGAUGACAAUUCAUAACGUGUAAGAGCUUAUUUUUCGAAAUAGACAACACCAAAAUGUUGUA